GAGUACGGAGUAGUGGCCAUUGGUUGGGAUGAGUACGGAGUAGUGGCCAUUGGUUGGGAUGAGUACGGAGUAGUGGCCAUUGGUUGGGAUGAGUACGGAGUAGUGGACAUUGGUUGGGAUGAGUACGGAGUAGUGACCAUUGGUUGGAAUUAGUAUGGAGUAGUGGCCAUUGGUUGGGAUGAGUACAGAGUAGUGGCCAUUGGUUGGGAUGAGUACGGAGUAGUGGCCAUUGGUUUUAGCAGUUAGUAGAUCAUUAGUGAGGUUUAGUAGGGCAGUUUCAGUGGAGUGUAGGAGAUGGGUCUUAAGUUGUUCAGGUUGGUGGGG